AUGAAAACCCUUCACAAUCCACGUUGUCGUUCUCACCCCCUUCACCUUAGGGCUGGGAAUGUUGACAAGAGUCUGUCAUAUUGUUACGCUAUCUCAUUAUAUCUGCCGGAAAAACCGGGUAUUAUUUCUGCUUCUCGACAUUGGUCUCGCCAAUCCGUGAUUCAUUCUACUUCUCGUGCGAUCAACAGAUGCGGCAACAGCAGCAGCAGCGGUAACACUAACAGCGCCAGCAGAAGAAUACGUAACACAUACACUGGGGCCAGCGUCAGCAGCCAUCUACAUCAUCAUCAUUAUCAUCAUCAUCACCACUUCCAUUACGACCAAUUUUACCAUCCAGCUAGCAGGUGGGUUCAUCUUCGCCAUACAUCAAUUGGUGCAAUGACCUACCGCUCGCGGCUCCGUCCUCGACCUCGGCCUCUUCUUCAGCCCGAACUACAUCCCCCUUAUCCUCCCACCUCUAGAACUCGUAGCCCUCUAUCAUGGCUUGGCGGCUGGACCAACCGACCCUCGCCACCCGCUGCUCCCGUAGAGUCUCGUUGCUCAAUAUUCGCUGUCAUUAAUCCAUACCAUAUCAGAGUAAACGGAGAAGAGCCCAUUCGGCAGCCCGACAGUCAACAAACGAGCUCGACGCACGGAGAGGCUUCG